AUGAUCCUGAAGAAGGUCGGUUGCCUUCCGGCUCUCUUUGCUGGUCUACUGUUGUUCAUCCAUAUCACCGAAGCAGAGGAUGCUGAUAAUUCAGCAAUUGUCAUCGAUCUUGGAACUGAAUACCUGAAAGUAGGAGUUAUCGGGCCUGGUCGCGUUGUUGAACUGUUGAAACUCAAUGGCAUUUCGAAUACCUUUCGAAACAUGAUUGCCUUCGACAAAGACUCUCGUUUAUUUGGAGAUGACGCCAUCAACUAUUCUAACGUAGGGCCUGAAACCUCUUAUCCAUUUCUACCAUUGUGUCUUGGUAAAAAGUAUGGCGAUCCAGCCUUGGCAAGAUAUAAACGAUCUUUUCCAUAUGCUCUUAUUGGAAUCAACGAGACACGCAAUGCCGUGUUCUGCGAAUACGAAAAAACAACAUUGCAUGUGGAGACAGUGGUCGGAAUGGUUCUGAAGAAUGCAAAACUAAACGCUGAAAAACGGAUUGGACGUCCCAUUAAAAAUGCUAUAAUUACCAUUCCAAUCUUCUUCUCUCAAGCUGAACGCCGUGCAGUUGCGGCAGCUGCAAAAAUUGCAGAAUUGAAUGUCUUAAAGUUUAUAUAUGAGGGGACAGCAAGCGCUGUGUCAUACGCUUCAUUGAAAUUUUAUGACAUCACAUUGGAACCAACCUAUCACCUCUUCUAUGACAUGGGAUCUUCUAAGACGAUAGCAACAAUUGUGAAGAUAAAUCUUGAAAAAGGAGAGGAUAACCGGAUGAUACCAACAAUUCAGACGGUUGGAUACGGAUAUGACAGACAAUUAGGAGGACACGAAGUCACUUUACAAAUCCGAGAACGUUAUUUAGAUAUAUUUAAUGCUGUCAAAGAACCUGGACAGGACCUUACAUCGAGUUCAACUGCAAUGAGAUCAUUGCUUAAUGAAGCAGAUCGUAUCAAACAUAUUUUAACUCGCCAGCUUUAUACCUUCGGAUAUAUAAAAUCAUAUGUUCAUCGACAUUAUAUGGGAUACAGUAUGGCGCUUACAAACGGAAGUAUUUUAAAGAUCACCAGAGAUGAACUUGAUGAAAUGAUCGACCGGCUUGAGAAAUAUAUGUGUCUUCCAAUCACAAAAGCGCUCAAAAUGGCAAAACUGUCAAUGUCAAACAUUCGUUUGGCUGAGAUUUCCGGUGGUGCAACGAGAACUCCAAGAAUCUUCGAACUCGUGAAAAAGUGUUUCGUCGGUUAUGACACCAAAAUCAGCUGGGCAGCUGAAACGAGAAAUGCAAUUGGAGCCAUUUUUUACGCAGCUAAUAUUUUGAAACCACUCGAAACAAACGAUAUUCGCGUAAUCGAGGAAUUUACCAACCCAAUUUAUGUGCAUUAUCUUUACGGCCAUGAAUCUUCUGAACUUCAACCGGCCCGAGUUAUAAUUUAUUCAGGAAGUCGAUCGCAUCUCAAUCGUUCAAUGCUUUUCACAGCUUACCGUGAUAAUUUUACGCUUGAAUUGAAAUACAAAGACGGACAAAAUCAUUCAUUUAUUGAAGUAACUGGUUAUGAAGAAGCAGUUAAGAAAGGAAUCACCAAUAUGGCUUCAUUCAUGAAGCUCAAACAAGAGUUCGAUGACUGGGAGAACGAACAGCUAAAAUUAGGUUUUGACUUUUAUGAAGAUGAAAAUCAUCGAGUAAUGAUUAUCCGGAAUGCAACACAGGAAUCGGGAAGAGGAGAAGAAUACGAUGGAUCGGGCAAUGAUUAUGAACAUGAGAGUUCGGGAGACGAAAUGACAAUCAUUAAUGGAAUCAAACGAGCAUCUCAUGAUUGGAAAUACAGACCGAUAUCACCAACUUCAAAAACCGCAUAUAUUCCUCUCAAAGUGAAUGAAAUUAAAACCGAUUUCAACGACUUGACAGAUGAGGAAAUUGAAGAAGAAAAAACAAAGUUGGAAGCUUUCGAGAAGAAAGAAAAAGAAAAAACUGAACUUAAAAAUGCGAUCGCUGAUCUGAGAAACUUGGCAGAUUUUUACGAGGAGAAGUUAACAGAUCAGGAAUACGCAAGCCAUUUAUUUUUAGAAGAAAAGAAAGUCAUUUGUACUCACAUCAAUAAAGUUCGAAAUUGGCUUAAUCAUGAAGCAAAUGAGAAUACAGAUAUCAAAGAGUAUAAAAAGCGUUUUACGUUUUUGAGCGAUAUUCUUUAUCAUCCGGAUGGAAGACCAAAAGCUUACAUGCCUCGGCAAGCAGCAGCUACGUACGAGCACGCUGAAGCUAUUCACGCGUUGGCGUUGGUCAUUAAUAAAAACUUUCAUGUUUUGGAAGACAAAGAAUUGACGAAGUUCAAAAAAUUGAUUGACGACUACAAGCAGAACUACCAUUCCAGCGAGAAAGGUUCCGAAUAUCCAGAUAUUAUCCAAAAAGAGUUGGAUAAAAUAAAUGAUAAGAUUAAGGAUUAUUAUACACCGAUGUCCAGAGAACAGUUAAUUGAUGUUUAA